GGAGUGCUUUUGACUUAUUUUACAAUACAGUCAUCCUUCGGUUUGACUGUUCUCACCUAUGGUGCAAUGUUUGGAUUUGGAGUCGGCAUUGCAUACGCAACACCAAUGGGCUGUGGAAUGAAGUGGCUACCGGAUAAAAGGGGUCUGGUAAAUGGCCUUGUAGUAGCUGGAUUUGGAGGCGGAGCGUUUAUAUUUGACCAGGUUCAGACGGCCUAUCUCAACCCUGACAACCUUGCUCCGAACAAAGUUGUUGAUCAGGACAAAUACUUCGACCAAGACAGCGUACUAGACAGAGUUCCCCGAAUGUUUCUUGUGCUUGGAGGUUGUUACGCAGCCAUUCAGCUUGUCGGGGUCAUACUUUUGAAAGACCCACCAGAGAGCAUUUCUGAGCAAGUCAACCGCAAUGACGAGGAAACACAGCUGCUUACAUCCAUCGGGAGUGUACAGAAUACCGACUACUCGCCAAGGCAGGUUCUGAAGAAGAAGUCAUUUUAUAUGCUGUGGUUUCUCUUUUUGUUUAAUGGACAAGGGAUCCAGUUUAUAUCGUCUCUGUAUAAGACAUAUGGGCAGACGUUCAUCAAAGAUGAUCACUUUCUAGCUAUUGUCGGCUCCCUAGCGGCUGUGUGCAAUGGUGGAGGGCGGAUAUUAUGGGGCUACCUGGCAGACAAGUUUUGUUUCAAGGUAGCCUCCAUGCUGUCCUGUGGGUUGUUUUGUGUAUGUAUACUGACAUUUCCUUUGACGGAAAGAUUUGGCUCAGCCCUCUACCUCUUAUACGUCUGCCUUCUGUUCCUGUCAUUUUCCGGUAAUUUUUCACUUCUGCCAACGGCUACAGCGAAGUGUUUUGGACAGAAAUACUACGCCAUCAACUAUGGAUUCGUAUUUACAGCUUCA